AUGACGACGAUUGGAAAAAUUGAUGUUUUUGAUGAAACCCAAGAAAGCUGGGAGACGUAUGUCGAACGAGUACAACAUUUUUUCGCUGCAAACGAUGUCGACGACAAUCAUCAAGUGCCAACUCUGCUGAGUUUGAUUGGAAGCAAAACGUAUUCAUUAUUAAAGGAUUUACUUUUGCCAGAAAAGCCUGGAGACAAGAACUUUGAUGAAAUAGUAAGUACAUUACAGAAGCAUUUAAAUCCUAAACCACUAGAAAUAGCCGAACGGUUUCGUUUUUAUAAGAGAAAUCAGCAAGAAGGGGAGAGCAUUUUAAGUUAUAUAGCUGAGUUAAAGAAAUUAACCACACAUUGCAAUUUUGGAAAUAACUUGGAAGAAACCUUGCGCGACACAUUGGUGUGUGGAUUAAGUAAUCAGCAAAUUCAGAAACGUCUCCUUGCAGAGUCAAAAUUAAAAUUCUCCAAAGCUGUUGACAUAGCAGUUGCUAUGGAAACAGCCACUCGAGAUGCUACAGAGAUCCACAGCAAGGGUAGAGAAGAAAAACCUCUUGGUCUUGACAAACUGACACUGAACAGACCCUCGAAUAGAUCAGAUAGUGGCCCACCUUCCCCUGUAGUGUGUUAUCGAUGUGGAGCUAAUACCCAUGUUGCAACUGAGUGUAGAUUUAAGAAAGAAGUCUGUCACAAGUGUGGAAAGAGAGGUCAUAUUCAAAGAGCUUGCCGGGCACAACAAAGCCAGGGGCCCGGUAGAGCCUCGCCCAGAUCAAGAUACCAGAAAUCGACCAAUGCCAUAGAGACUGAACCAGAUGAGUAUGAACACUUGUUGAAUAACCUAGAAGUUCAUAAUGUAAACAAAUCAAACAGUGAUGUCAUAUGGGUUGACGUGAAAGUUGAAAAUCAACCACUAUCCAUGGAACUAGACACAGGAUCGGCCGUGUCCAUUUUGCCAUAUGACAUGUUCUUGGAAAGAUUUCGCGACAAGAAGUUAGAGAAAACAACCACCGUACUAAAGACCUAUACUGGUGAACUGAUCGUUCCAGUUGGUUGCCUUACCAUGCAAGUUGAAUACUUAGAUCAAUCAUGUCUAUUGCCACUCCAUGUAGUCCAGACUAAGGAUCCAGUGUUAAUGGGUCGAGAUUGGCUUCACAAGCUUCGCCUCGACUCGAAAACCAUCAAGUUGUUGAAAUCCUCAGAUCCCAGCCAUAGAAACCCUGGCACGACUACACAAGAGAAGCUGAAAAACCUAUUGGAUACGUAUGCAGAGGUUUUUGAAGACAAGCUGGGAACUUUCAAAUCUGCCAAAGCAAGGAUAAACCCUCAAAGAAGGUAGUCAACCACAGUUUCGCAAAGCUCGCCAGGUCCCAUAUUCCUUACGACCGAAAGUGGAGGACGAACUGAAGAGACUUCAGAGCGAAGGUAUUUUGUCGAAAGUAGAGUGGAGUGAUUGGGCGACACCGAUUGUACCAGUGCCGAAACAAGAUGGUUCAGUCCGUAUUUGUGGGGACUUCAAAGGUACUAUUAACCCAACAUUACAAGCAGAACAGUAUCCUCUGCCUCAAAUCGAAGAUAUUUUUGCCCAUUUAGCUGGUGGGAAAAAGUUUUCCAAGAUUGACCUCCGCCAAGCUUACCAUCAGAUUGAGUUGGAGGAAGAAUCCAAGAAGUACCUUACAAUUAAUACGUCCAUGGGCUUGUUUCAAUACAAUCGAUUGGUGUUUGGUAUUACCUCAGCUCCCGCCAUUUGGCAGCGUACCAUGGAUCAGAUUCUGGAAGGAACUUCUGGUAUUAGUUGUAUCCUAGAUGAUAUGAUUGUGACGGGUAAAAGCGACGCAGAGCGUAUGGCUAACCUGGAGGAGGUCCUUCGACGGCUGCACCACCAUGGGUUAAGAGCCAAUAAAUCGAAGUGUGAGUUCUUCAAAGAAAAGAUCACGUUCUGUGGACACGACAUUAAUAGCGAAGGCCUGCACAAGACCACCGACAAGACAGCUGCAAUGGUGAAUGCCCCUCGCCCCCAGAGUGUUGCAGAGGUACGCUCCUUCCUGGGAUUGGUGAAUUAUUACCACAAAUUCCUGCCAAACCUUGCUACAAUACUGCAUCCAUUGAACCAAAUGCUGGAAAGUAACUACCAAUGGAACUGGACAGAUCAAUGCGAAGAAGCUUUUUGCAAAGUUAAAGCAAUGAUUGUUUCAGAUCUGGUGCUUACACAUUAUGAUCCUAACCUUCCCUUACAACUGGCUUGUGAUGCUUCACCUGUAGGAAUUGGAGCGAUACUGUCCCAUGUCAUGACAGACGGCACAGAGCGCCCGAUAGCGUUUGCAUCGAGAUCCCUGUCGAAGGCGGAGCGCAACUACGCACAGAUAGAUAAAGAAGCACUGGCUACAGUGUGGGGAGUCAAGAAAUUCCACAAUUACCUUUUCGGUAGGAACUUUACCUUACUGACUGAUCAUGAGCCUCUCACUUCAAUCUUUCAUCCCAGCAAAAGCCUUCCUGUUGUCACUGCUGCUAGAUUACAACGCUACGCUUUGUUCUUGGCGGGUUUUGAUUAUACAAUCAGAUACAAGAACACUAAGUUACACGGAAAUGCGGAUGGUCUGUCUCGAUUACCCUUGCAUAGUGAGACAACAGAAGAAGAGCCAGAUCCAGUGGGCCUCUUCUAUGCUACGCAGUUUGAGCCCUUGCCAGUCACAGCAGAACAGGUUAAACGAGAAACACAGAGAGAUCCUCUAUUGGUGAAGGUCCAUGAGUUGGUUAUGAAAGGAUGGUCCACUCCAAAAGAUGAAGCGAUUAAACCGUUUUACCAGCGGAAAGACGAACUGACAGUUCACUGUGGUGUUCUAAUGCUUGGACACAGAGCAGUCAUUCCUGCCAAGUUGCGUAAUCAAGUGUUAACCGAGCUCCACGAAGGUCACCUCGGUAUUGUUAAAAUGAAGUCACUGGCGCGAAGUUACAUCUGGUGGCCCAAAAUUGAUAAGGACAUUGAGCACCUAGCCAAGAGCUGCCCUGGUUGUCAACUUCAACAGAAUGAAGCUGGCAAAGUACCACUACACCCCUGGGAAUGGCCAACCACACCUUGGCAGAGAAUCCAUUUAGACUUUGCUGGACCGUUCCUUGGACAAAUGUUCCUUAUCAUUGUAGAUGCACACUCGAAGUGGCCUGAAGUGGAAAUAAUGCCAUCCACCACAUCGACGCAGACCAUUGACCGACUCCGAACCAUUUUUGCCCGAUAUGGAGUGCCAGCACAGGUGGUGACCGACAAUGGGCCACAAUUUACAUCCGCAGAGUUCCAACUAUUUUUGAAGACUAAUGGUAUCAAGCAUAUUACCACGGCCCCAUACCACCCUGCAACCAACGGUCAAGCGGAACGUUUUGUUCAGAGUUUCAAACAUGCUAUGAAAUGCGAGAAACAAAGUACAUCCCAGCUGAAAACCAAUAUGGCAAAGUUCCUUUUGGCUUACCGGAAUACACCGCAUUCGACGACUGGAGAAUCACCGUCCGUGUUGUUUUUGGGCAGACCGCUACGGACUCGCCUCGAUUUGGUGAAACCUGAUUUACAAAUGAAAGUGAUGAACAGGCAAAUCGAUCGAGCAUGGAGGAAAGGACAUUCCCCCACACGUCAGUUAUCCAUUGGUCAGACUGUCAUGGCACGUAAUUACAGUGGGAAAGACAAGUGGCUACCAGGCAUAGUUCGAGCUCAAACGGGACCCCUUUCAUACGAGAUAAAAGUUGGUCCAAAUCGAAUUUGGCGACGUCACAUCGACCAGCUUCGAGCCUCUAGUGUGAAAGUAAAUGACCAGAGUGAUGAUACGGCUGAACCUCAUCCAGAGCUCGGAGAGACUGACCAGAAUAUUGCACCAGCAGAAGAAAUUGUCGCAGAGCCGGAUAUCGAACUAGCCACAAAUCCACCAGUAGUCCAACAAGAAGAAGCCGGUAGGGCUACAACAGGAUCUGAACAACGCUACCCAACUAGAUCGCACCAACCACCCGAGAGGUGGGGUCUUAACUGUUUGAUCCGAAAACUGUUUAAGAAAACUACAUAG